AUGUUCCAACCUUCGCCUCAGCUUUGCGCCCGCCUGCGCUUCACAACCAAACAAGUUGGACGGGGCUUCUACCGAGGAAACCGGACUGGCUCGAAGGGUGCACACAACGACAGAGGAGGAUACAUCGUUGACUGGCGAAAGACAUCAUUCUACAAUGUACCAGAGCUUGAGGGAUUCAGCCUUGCGCCCUAUGUGACACUCGAACUGCCUGAGCCGCCUCGAAAGAUCACGCGUUUUGGCUCCACGUACACCCCCAAGAAAGUGGACGGGCUCGAGUUUCUACACGAAUGGAAGAGAUUGAACCCCUAUGAAUACGAGCACAUCGUCAACCACCAGCGAGAUCAGGCCGAACAAGCCGCGACGCAAGCAGAGGUUACGGUUCAAGAGAGCACGCAGACCAACAAUGCAGGUCAAAACUCGAUAUAA